AUGAACUCCCUGCUGCAGUGCAUGUUCCACAUUCCUCUCUUCCAGAAGGAGAUCUUCGAAAAGCCGGAGGUGGCCUGCAAGCCGAUUUCCCUCCGGCUGAGCAACCUGCUGCUGCAGAGCCUGAGCGGGUCAGACGUCCAGCGCAGGGACGUGGUCGACCUCAAGAUCUACAUCGACGAGCAGCUGCCCCAGUUCAAGGGCACCCGCCAGCAGGACGCCCAGGAGUUCUUCCAGGCCAUCAAGGGCUAUAUUCAUCGGGAGCUCAAUGAGGCCUCUGAAAAGGCGCGACUUUGCACGGAGGUCAAGCCCGGCGAUGUCGCGGGGCAGAUCGACGCCUACGUGGCUGCGCGGACGAGGGUGCACCACAGCAUGAUCACGCGGCUGUUCGAGGGACUGCUGCUCAACACUAUAACCUGCCCCUGCGGGCACGAGCGGAUGAACGUCGAGGUCUUCGACGAAUUCUGCUUGCACCUGACUGAUACUGGCGAGUCGUUCAAGAUUUCAGAGCUGCUUUCCAAAUACUUUCAGCCAGAAGCCAUCGAGGAGCUGCAGUGUGAACACUGCGGGGAGAAGCGGGAGGCCAGCAAGCAGUCCGUUGUCAAGUACUUUCCCAAGGUCUUGGUGCUGCAUGUGAAAAGGUUCGCGUUCGCUCACAACGAGGGCAAGAAGAUCGAGGCCGAGGUGGAGGCCGAGCUCAGCCAGCAGGUAUUCGGGGAGACAUACCAGCUGUCAGGACUGAUAUUGCACAAAGGGGACCUCUCGAAAGGGCACUACUUUGCGUGGUGCCUGAACCCGGACAACGGACGGUGGUACGAGUACAACGACAGCCAAGUGGCCGAGCGCUAG